AUGAUGGGGUGGAUCGGAUGGGUGUUUACCCUAGUAUUUCACACCCUCCCAAGCCUUCUCUACUCGAUAAUCACAUUCGCGACAAUUACACUCCCCACAUGGCUCUUUACGCUUUUCUCUAUGAGCUUGACGUUCACUAUGAAUUUCACCACCAUAAUGUUAAUCUUCCUUGCCAUUGUAUCGACCCUCAGCUGGUUCAUCCGUUACCGGUACCUGAACACGUACAGUCGCCUGCCCCCGGAGCCUCAACGCAAAGAAGCCCAGGUCGAUUUGUUCCCUGAUAUCCAGGAAGGGGACUCGAAACCAGGACUUGCCAACUAUCUGGAUGAAUUCCUCAGUGCUAUCAAAGUCUUUGGGUACCUUGAACGGCCCGUGUUCCACGAACUUACCCGGACGAUGCAAACUAGGAAGCUGAUUGCGGGAGAGACGCUCAUGCUGGAGGAGGAGAAGGGCUUCUGCAUGGUUGUGGAUGGGCUGGUCCAGAUCUUCGUGAAAUCAGCACGCGAAGGGAAGUCAGGUUCGCGAGAGAAUAUCUAUAUGGACGAUGAUGCCUCUUCAGACGAGGAGGACCGGAACAUUCACAACCGACAGGGCUAUCAGCUCCUCACUGAAGUCAAGAACGGCGCUUCAAUGUCGUCUUUAUUCUCUAUUCUCCAGCUGUUUACCGAAGACAUUGAGCUUCGUAACUCCCGAAGUCACAGCUCCAGUAUAUCCAGUCCUAGCCUUGGCCAGACUCAUGUGCCUGAUACCUUUGCUGUCAGUCCCGGGUCCACCGUGAGAGAGGCCGGGAAUUUGAACACUGCAUCCCUUGGAUCUGGCAAUAUAUUGCCACCAGUGCCUCCGCUGAAUCUCGGAGAGAGCCAUACCAUGCCCCGGCAGAACCACAGACAUUCCCCACAUUCGGAGACUAAACACAAUGCCCAGAAAAAAAGCCGCAAGUCGGUACACCCAGAUAUUGUGGCACGAGCUACAGUAGACACGACGAUUGCUAUCAUCCCUGCCAGCGCAUUCCGCCGCCUGACCAGAGUCUACCCACGGGCAACGUCACACAUUGUCCAGGUUAUCCUGACACGUCUCCAGCGGGUAACGUUUGCUACAGCGCAUUCUUAUCUGGGCCUGACUAGCGAGGUUUUAGGCAUAGAGCGGCAAAUGUCUAAAUUCACCUCUUGGGACCUUCCGAAUAAUCUUCGAGGGAGUGCCUUGGAUCGUCUGAAGGACAAGUUCACACGAGAGCGAGAUCGAUUGGGACCAGAGGAAAUCGGAAAAGGCAUUGCUCUUCACAAUCCUUCUGUGGGCCGUAGAGGACGCUCGAGCAGUACUCUCAGAAAAGAAGCCUUUUUACAAGCAAAGGUGUCAAGUGAGCGUCCCCUCACACUCCAUAGCCAACAAAGGUCGUCACCAUUCAUUGACAGGGACUCGGCAAGUGUUAGCCCCGGUGAUUUGCUAUCGACAAUACAAUUGUCCCGGUUUGGACCGCGACAUGAAAAUUUGGCACCUCGCCUCCAGACUCCUCUUACUGAGCGGGAGCAACCUCAAUUUGUAUCCACAGCUGCAAUGAAUGGUCUACCCUCGACUUUCCAGCUAAAAGAGUCAGUUGACGAGGACGCUAUUUUCCGCGAGUCGAUCCUGGACUGUAUCAUGAAGGGCAUUGGGCUCACCGAAGGCACACGCGAUGCUCUGCGCAAGAGCAGCCACUCUGGUGAUGCGUCGCCGAGACUACUCUCCUACGAUAACCGCCGCCAGAAGGCUGUGUUCUCCAAUGCCUUUGGCUUCAUCGAUCCCUAUGAAGCGUCAGGUGACGGCGAAACUGAAUCCAUGAUGUCCUCCAUGUCAGUGACAAGUGCAGGGGGGACUUCGCCUGUCAUCAACCUACGGGAAGACCUCCGACAUGACAUUGAAGUAGUUUACUUUCCCCAAGGCUCGGUUUUAGUGGAAAAGGGUGAGCGCCAUCCAGGUCUCUACUACGUCAUUGACGGAUUCUUGGACGUGGGUAUUCCGGCGAAUGAACAUAAUGACACCCUUAUUGGGGCCUCUCAUGUAUCUGGCUCGCAAGCGCAAGAGGAGCUGUUCCCGAAGCUGAGACGAACAACGACAUCAUCGUCGCGCGCUGGUGCAGCGGGCAGCAAUGACCCUCGACGAAAGACUCAGUCCCGCAAAUCACUAUACCUGAUCAAACCUGGUGGCAUUCAAGGGUAUGUAGGUGCUCUUGCAUCGUACCGCUCGUACACCGAUGUUGUCGCCAAGACAGAUGUUUACGUUGGAUUCCUUCCCCGUGCUUCCCUUGAGAGAAUCGCAGAUAGACAUCCAACUGCUCUGUUAACGCUAGCAAAGCGGUUGACAAUUCUGCUGCCCCGUUUGCUGCUCCACAUUGAUUUCGCGCUGGAGUGGGUGCAGGUCAGCGCAGGGCAGGUGAUUUACCACCAAGGGGAUGAAAGCGAUGCUAUUUAUCUUGUUCUGAACGGUCGCCUGAGGUCUGUCCUUGAGGGAUCAAACGGCAAGAUAACCGUCAUUGGUGAACACGGCCAGGGCGAGAGUGUUGGCGAACUCGAGGUCAUGACUGAAUCUACAAGACCGUCUACCUUGCAUGCUAUCCGGGAAACGGAACUAGCCAAGUUCCCCCGGUCUCUUUUCAACAGUCUCGCUCAGGAACAUCCUGGAAUUACCAUGCAGGUCUCUAAACUUAUUGCCCAGCGAAUGCGUGAUUUAGUCGAGCAUCCGCUGGCCGAAAAGAAGAUUGAACAGGGACAGACUGGCAGUGUUCAGACUGCAACCUCAACAGUCAAUCUUCGCACCGUGGCAAUUCUUCCCAUCAUUUCUGGCGUCCCGGUCGUAGAAUUUGGACAUAGACUCUUGCAGGCGUUGCACCAAAUUGGUGUGCCCAGAGGUGUCACAUCACUCAACCAAGCGACAAUUUUGAACCACUUGGGUCGCCACGCCUUCACUAAGAUGGGGAAGCUUAAGCUUUCUCAAUACCUGGCUGACCUCGAAGAGAAAUUCGGAAUGGUCUUGUACAUCGCUGACACCAAUGUGAACGCACCGUGGACUCAGACUUGCAUUGCGCAAGCUGACUCUAUCCUGUUGGUGGGCCUCGCCGAGUCUUCACCUAGAAUUGGUGAAUAUGAGCGCUUCCUGCUAGGCAUGAAGACCACUGCUCGCAAAGAACUAGUUCUUUUGCACGCAGAGCGUUACUGUGCACCUGGACUGACUCGGGAAUGGCUGAAGAACCGGGUGUGGAUUAACGGCGGCCAUCACCACAUUCAAAUGGGCUUUCGCUCGACCACCGAGCCUUCACACCCGCCGACUAGGAAGUUCGGUACUGUGCUGAAGCAGCGCGUGCAAAUUUUGCAAGCCGAAAUCCAAAAGUAUACGUCCCGGCGUGCACAACAGUCUCCACUCUAUUCCCCGCAAACCUCCUUCAAGGGUGAUUUCCAUCGGCUGGCUCGGCGUUUAUGCGGCAAGUCUGUGGGUCUUGUACUGGGCGGAGGUGGAGCGCGUGGCAUUGCGCAUGUUGGAGUUAUUAAAGCCCUCGAGGAGGCCGGGAUCCCAAUUGAUAUGAUAGGUGGCACGUCGAUUGGUUCUUUCAUUGGUGCUCUUUACGCGCGUGACGCUGAUGUUGUUCCCAUGUACGGGCGAGCUAAGAAGUUCUCCGGGCGCAUGGGGAGUAUGUGGCGGUUUGCAUUGGAUUUGACCUAUCCCACUGUUUCCUACACCACAGGUCAUGAGUUCAACCGGGGAAUCUUCAAGACAUUUGGAGAUAGCCAAAUCGAAGAUUUCUGGUUGGAGUUCUACUGCAACACAACCAACAUCAGCCGAUCCCGAAUUGAGUAUCACUCGUCUGGUUACGUCUGGCGGUACGUUCGGGCUUCGAUGACAUUGGCCGGCCUGAUACCUCCUAUCUGUGAUGAAGGCAGUAUGCUCCUGGAUGGUGGCUACAUCGACAAUCUCACAGUGGCGCACAUGAAAAGUCUUGGAGCGGAUGCUAUCUUCGCAAUUGAUGUUGGAUCUAUCGAUGACACCACACCCCAGGGAUUCGGAGACUCAUUGUCAGGAUUCUGGUCAGUGUUCAACCGGUGGAAUCCCUUCUCCUCGCUCCCGAACCCACCUACACUUUCCGAAAUACAAGCACGACUGGCGUAUGUCUCAUCGUUCGACAAUCUCGAGCGCGCAAAGAAUACGACUGGCUGUCUAUACAUGCGUCCUCCUGUCGACCCAUAUGGUACCCUAGAGUUCGGCAAAUUUGACGAGAUCUACCAAGUCGGCUAUGCAUAUGGAAAGGAGUUCCUCGACCGCUUGAGGAGCGAGGGCUCACUGCCUAUCACGGAGGAAACCGAGGAAAAGCGCAAGUUGCAGCGGACGAUGGCUCCUCGCCGAGCUAGUAUCUAA